CAGCUAAGAAAGGCCCUCGACCCAGGCAAACGACGUCAGGCAUUCAUCAACCACACACAUAUCGCGGGAAGUCAUCUUCUGCCAAACUAAUACUGCCAAUCAACAAACCGGUCAAACCGCCCUCCUCACUACUGGGAAUAAAAAACCAAAACAGAGUCUCUAUCAAGAUGGCUGAUCGACGGAGAAUUAAUGGACCGCCUGGUACAACAUUACCGCCCGUUUAUGAGACUACGGAUCCGAUUGCGACCCCCAGGGAAAGGCCGGCAAACGGAAUUCGAGGAUUGUUUCUCAAGACUGGCGUCACUCCCACAGCUUCAGGCUCAGCAUACAUGGAGAUUGAGCCACCACUCGGCCAGAUCAAAUCUCAGGCUGCUUCUCAGUCAAAGACCAAUGGCAUGAAGCUCAUCUGCACUGUCCAUGGGCCUCGUUCGCUUCCUCGAUCCGCACCCUUCUCGCCUUACUUGGUGCUCUCAACUCAUGUCAAAUACGCUCCUUUCGCCACACGUCGACGUCGAGGCUACCUUCGUGACUCGAGUGAGAGAGAUCUCAGCGUUCAUCUCGACACGGCCCUGCGCGGAGUCAUCAUUGCGGAUAGAUGGCCAAAAAGUGGCGUCGACGUGAUUGUUACCAUUAUCGAAGGCGACCAAGAGCGAGAGGCGUCUCACUCCCAAGGCAACGAAGAGUGGGAUAUGAUGAACGUCCUCAGUGGUUGCAUCACUGUUGCCGCGGCGGCUCUCGCCGACGCUGGUAUCGAUUGCGUCGACAUGGUCACCGGCGGUGUUGCAGCUCUUGUCUCUUCAAAUGAACAAGACACCACAGACACAGACGCGCUGUCUAUUGUCUUGGAUCCCGUUUCUCUGGAGCACGACAGAAUACUUGCCGCUUGCUGUGUGGCUUACCUCCCUUGUCGCGCGGAGAUCACCAACCUCUGGGUGAAGGGUCAGCUCUCGCCGUUGGACCCCUUGCUCCAUACGAAACUCAUGGGUCGCGCUAUUCAAGCUUCCAAGGGCAACUACCGCGCCGUUCUCGAGAGGCUCGAAAGCAACCAACCACCCAGUAGUUAAUCGAUUAGGUCAUGGCAAAUUACCUAGCGGAGGUGUGCAGCCCGAGUUCAACAACACGGCGUUGAUUUUUCGCGCCUUCGAAAAGGAGCCACAACUGAGAAUGGCUUCUUGGUGCCUCUGAGCGUCGAAAAAAGUAGCAUGCGUUGUCAUGCAUCAGCUCGGCACAUUUUAUCGGGUGACUCGCACUCGAGUGAUCACGAAGGAGGACGAAGAUCUUGGAAGACUGGCAGGCGAAAGCAAGAUCACCUUGGGGAGCUCAUGCAGAAUUGUCAGAGUAAUGACAGUCACCGAGCCCUCUACACAUAGCCAUACUCGUGACCGGUGCGCACAAUGUGGACUAUGUCGACAACAUCCUGUAUUAUCAGGCGUUGUGGCCAAAUCGGCAAAAGAUACCAGCCCCAUGUAUGAAGAAACAUUGAGAGCUUCAUUCGAUAGAUGAGGGGGUGACAGACAUGGUUAGCAAAAUUUGGAG